GCCGGGGCUGGGGCCACCCUGCUACAGUGCCCAAAGAGUGAAUGCUGGGAUUUGGGGAGGAUACUUAGCUGAGAGGUUGAAUCCCUGCUUUAAUUGAACAACUCAACUCACCCUUAAUUCUGAGGUUGAGACCAGGGUCAGAUUAAGGCAUAACUAGGUCCAGAGCUCAUGGAGUGACAUGAUUACAUCAUCAUCUCAUCUCAGUUUCAUUUUUUAAUAGUUUCUAGCACCUAUGGUUGGGAAAGACUGUUUGAUGACAUGGCCUGAAGGUAACUGCUGUAGCAUCUGCCCGAGUCUGCAGAGAGCUUGAAACAAUAGCGCUGAGGGGGUGUUAACUCUGAGGCCUACUGCUCUGGACAGCCCCACCAGCAGCAUCACCCCAGCACAGGACUCUGUGUGGCAGGAGAGAAAGAGUGCAGCAGAUGGCUCAUCUUCCCUGGCAGAUAUGCCCUGGCAGCUGGAAUAAACACUGAGGGCCUCCCCUGUUCCUGCCUCUGUUUCUCUCGGGGGAAGGAGGUCCCCUUCCACCAGCCCUCCAAAGGAGUUUCACUUUCAGGGCUUGGACUUGUUUUGGGAUUGGCUAGUGACUCAGCCUGUUGUGCUGGUGUGAGACUCCUCACCAAACCACUGCAGAAAUGAGGAAGUGCUGGAUCACUGUACAGCCAGGAACUUUCUGAGCAGCAGGUUGCGAAGUGGCUCUCCCGCAGGUUACGAAGCCGAACACCUGGGAGGUGCUGCUUCUUAGCGGGAAAGUGGCCAGGAAGUGAGGCGCUUAAUUGCUGACGCCAGCCUCGUGCCUAUGCCCGUGGAAGACCAAGCUGCUGAUUAAGCAAUGCCAAAAGCUAUUGUGAUCACUGAGCAGCCGGCCUCCGCCUCCGUCCCUGUUGGUUACUCCCUCACGAUGCGAUGUAGGGCCACAGCCUGCACCUCCCUACAGUACCAGUGGUUCUACCAGUGCCAGUCUGCUUGCUGCCAGAUUAUGGGGGCCACAGAGCCAGAUUUGCUCAUCACUGCAAUGGAAACCCGACUGUACAUCUGCCGAAUCAAUGACCUGCACAAAAACGUCACCUUCUCUAACUGGGUGAGAGUAGAGGUCCAUCAGCAUAUUGCCAAAGGCCUGCUCCCUGAGCUGUGGCAAGGAGAACCUGUCGUCAUCCUCAAUCCCACUGCACCAGAGGUAAAGGUGGGCAAGCCACUUCAGCUGCAGUGUGCUGCUCUGGGGGUGCCAGCCCCACACUACCAGUGGUACCACAACGGGACCCCCAUGAAGCAUCAGAAGAAGAAACUCUUGAUCAACUCUGCGAAGCUGAGUGACUCUGGCACGUACCUAUGCUGUGCAGCCAAUGGCCAAGGGGAACACUGGACUGAAGCCCUGGAGAUUCACGUAGGUACGUGUCUGGCAGAUCCAUUUUUCGCAACAGACAAGGUCGCACUUUUGGUGGGCAACAACCAUUACUGGAAUCAUCCGCACCUGAUGGCUCCCAUCACUGAUGUGUUUGAACUCAGCCUUCUCCUAAAGCGACUGGGAUUCCGGGUGGUCUCCCUCCUGGACCUGAACAAGGCGGAGAUGCUGAUAGCUGUCAAUCAGUUCCUGCAGCUCUUGGGGAAAGGAGUCUAUGCCGUAUUCUACUAUGCUGGGCACGGAUACGAACAUUCUGGGAGAAACUACAUGGUCCCCAUUGAUGCCCCACAGCCCUACGCCCCUGAGAACUGCAUCAGCGUGCAGAGGAUCCUCCAGAAGAUGCAGCAGAGGCGGACGGCCCUCAACCUCAUCCUGCUGGACACCUGCAGGAAAUGGUACAACCCGCAGUGUGCGCUGUCACAGGUGCAGCCGCUGGAGCCCUGGGGGAAUACGGUUUAUGGCUAUGCCACGAGUGAAGAUGCCGAAGCCUAUGAAGUGCAGGAUGGGGAGUUCAGCUCCGGGAUCUUCAUGAAGUAUCUGAAAAAGCACAUUCUGCAGGAAAAGAAAGUGACCCACGUGCUGGAGGAUGUGUUGGAGGACAUUGGCCGGGACCCCUUGGUAACUGGGAAGCAGGUGAUGGAGAUCAAGCACACUCUGAAGGAAGCCCGGGCACUGACAGACCCCGUCUGCACCACUGGGCCGACUGCGGAGCUCUGGGGACACAGCCAUGAGUUGCUGAAGGAGACACUGACUUUUCCAUGUGGCAUCCAAGUGGAGCUACGCUUCCAGGUGGUUUUCUCUAACGUAAUGCACGUGAGUGCAAAGCUGCAGGCUCCCCCUCCGCACGUCACCGAGAUCCGACUCCUGCUCUGCAGACCCACGGAGGUGCAAGAACUGGCCAUGCUGACUGACUGCCAGUCUGACCGGGUGGUGUCACUACUUGUCUCACUGUAUGAGCAAGAGGAAUUGGACUGUGUGCUCCGGCUCUGUGGCCUACAGAAAAUUCAGACCGAUGUGCUGCUGCAGUUGGAUUUGCAUUACACCCAGCUUGGCACCAAGCAGAGGGCUUGCGAGAGUCUGCAGAAAACACUCCAGAAAUCUCUGCUAGCAAAACUGUUCAGCCAGAAAAGCUCUGCAAACCCAUCCUGCAUGGCGGGGCAAAAGGAUGCUGCCACCAUGUGCCCCAAGGAUGCCCCUGCUGUGAAUGCAGCCCAUGAGGGGCCCAGCUCUCUGAGAGCAGAGCCCAGACACAGCUGGCAAUGUAGCAACCAGUCAAACAUAUGCAGCGAGCCGGAGGAAAACGAUGAGAGUGACUUGAGCAGCCUCUGCUCAGCCCUGCAAAGGGCUGGCCCAGGACAGGAUUGUCCUUGACAUGUGGGGGAGUUCAGCUCACUAUCAGCAGACUGUAUUUCAAGUUACAAGCCAGACAACUCCCAUAAUCUGUGUUCUAGUCUGAGCUCUUCUCUAGUCUGGUGUGGAUCACAUCCAGAUGGUCAAGGCUGCUAUUGAAAGGGUUUCUCUUCUCAACCCACUAGCAGGGAGUCCUAGUGAGCGUUAUCUGACUCACAGGCAAAGCUAUAAGCUGUUUACAACAAGGGCCUCCUGCAAAGGGGUGAUUUUACAAUCCACUAGACAGUGUGACUGACAUGAGUCAUCACAUUCCCCAACAACAAGCGUCAUUCAUUUACAGCCAGUGUUGGCAACUGAGCUGCUUUGAGAGUCUCACUUUAAUAUGCAAAUGUCUACAGUUUUGUCAGUGCUUGAUGUAAGAAAUGAUAAGUGAAGAGACCCAAGAACCUUGCAGGCACGUCUGAUACAACCACAGAUACAAUUAAAAAAACAAACAAUUCUCUCAACUCUAUAAAUAUUACAAAAAAAUUAACAAAAGAUGAAUGUAAAAUUGUAUGAAUGUGUAGCUGUGUUCAGUAUGUGGUGCUGAAAUAGUGUUAGGCUUUUCUAUCUAAUAGGAACAUGCAACAAACAAUUGUACAAUAACGUAUAUUUGUGUUUCUAAAGGAUAUAUUUGAGCUUUGUAUUUAGGAUUGUGUUCAUUGUUCUCUAAACCACAUUCUGAUAUCAUUUUGGGAAUGCACAUAAUUUUAAUGUAUUUUAACAUAUUUAUUACAUUGGUUCUACCAUGGGUCAGAGUUAAGGGUUUUAUUAUGUUCGAAAUUACAGUGUUUGUGGGAUGCUUCUGAUGUAGCUGGAUGCUUUAACCUAGUGUUCUCUACUGUCUGAGUGGUUUUAGGCAUCUGUGGGUGAGAUUCACAAGGGGGACUUAGCCAUCUAACUGCCACUGUAGGUGCCUAGGUCCAACAUUUAGGCACCACUGGUAUUCACAAAACUCCUUCUCAGCUAUCACCUAACCCUGGGGGUGUCCAUUGCCAAAGUCCCUGAGGUGCCUAAAUUUCAGUGGAUGGGCAGGCACACAGAUUGUGUUUUCUAUUGAAUAUUCUUUGGAGCAAGGGACUGGCAUGUGGAUCUCCCUCUUCCCAGGUGGGUACUAUAGCUACUGGGCUAUAGAGCAGAGGUGGGCAAACUAUGGCUCAUGGGCCACAUCUGGCCCAUAGGACCAUCCUGCCUGGUCCCCGAGCUCCU